GGAGCUCCGGUUGUGUUACGGCGGUGAAGUGGUGUUGCGUCUGUCCUCGGCGGGCAUGUUGUGGUGGACUACGGUGUUGAGGGAGAGGUGGAUGUGAAUAUGGCUGGCCUGUUGGUGGAUAGGGAAGAGUGGAUAGUGGAAGAGAGAUGUGGAGAGUAUGGAAGGUGGAGAGGGAGGUGGAGGUGGCUAUGGCGGACGUGACUGGGUUGAGGUGGUGGUUGUGGUGGUGUUUGGUGUGUGUGUGUGGUUGUUGAGGAUGGAAGUGGUUUGGAUGACUAGGAUGAUGGCGUGACUGGCUGGUGAUGAUGGUGGUAGUUGCAGGGGUGGGGGUUGGAAUGGUUGUAGGGGGUGUUGGUAGUGAUGGUGAACGUGACUGGCUUGUGGUAAAGGUGGUUGUGGUUCUUGGGGAUGGUGGUGGUUGAGUAAUAGUGGUGGGGGUAGCGGACGUAAAGGUGUUGUGGUUGUUGGGUGUGGUUGAGGGUUGGGGUGGUGGUGGUAGUUGGGAGUGGUGGUGUGGUGGUGGGGGCGGUGGUGGUAGUGGUGAUGGUGACGCUACAGUUGUCAGGGUUUAUAGAGAUGGUCGUGUGUGUGUGUGUGUGUGUGUGUGUGUGUGUACUCCUGUAAUCAGCAAACUGCAGUCACUCGUUCGCUUGUUUCACCUCCCUGCUUCAGGCCUUCCUUCUCUCCCCUCCUCUCCCUCCCCGCUCCCUCGCCUGCCUGCCACCCUCUCCCCUCUCUUCCUCGCCUGCUCUCCCCUGCUCCUCGUAUCCUAGACCUCGUCGAGAAGACACACACCUGGGCGUCUCCAGGAUCCUUCUGACACACAGAGCAGCCGAUCAAGAUAUAUAGUUUGGAAGGCCGCCAGCCAGCGCCCACCAGCGGCCCCAGUGCUCCUUGUGCCUUCACUUGCGGCGUCCCCUCUCCCCUAUCCUCCUCAAAGUCCUUCAGCAUGUCAGAUUUUAUCUCACAAGAAUGGCUGCCCCAUCGUGCAUCUCCUCGCUGGAGUUAAUAAGGCAGCUCCCAUCUCACGCCACGGGAAAUCUGAGAUCUGAAAAGUCCAUUCUCACCACCACCACCAUCUCCACCGACACCACCGACACCACCAGCAUGCCGGCCAAGCGCGUGCCCACCAGCGACACCACGGAGGCCCUCACGGCGGAGCUGGAGCCCAUGACUCCCAAGGAGGAGAGGCCACCUGGGGAGGUGGGCGAGGAUGAAACGCAAAAGACACAGCUCAAGAAGGAACUCGGCUUGCUGGAGGGCGUGGCCAUCAUCCUUGGCAUCAUUGUGGGCUCAGCACUGUGUAUCGUCAGUCACAAUGGUACCACAGGCCAGUGCAGACCUAGCUGUUUCCUUCUGUUAAUGUGCAUCUUCACCUCGCCCAAGGGAGUGCUGAGGGAGACAGGCAGCGUGGGCAUGUCGCUGGUGGUGUGGGUGAUGUGUGGCCUCAUGUCGCUGGUGGGCGCGCUAUGCUAUGCAGAGCUGGGCACAUCCAUACCAAAAUCAGGCGGAGACUAUGCGUACAUUAAUGCUGGCUUUGGCUCCCUCCCUGCCUUCCUUUUCCUCUGGGCUGCCAACCUCAUCUUUGUGCCCACCACCAAUGCCAUCAUGGCGCUGGCCUUUGCCAAGUAUGUGAUUCAACCGUUCUUCCCCAACUGUGACCUGCCAGACGAUGCUGUGCGGCUCAUUGCAGCACUGUCCAUAUCACUGAAUUGCUGGAAUGUACGAGUCACCACCAAGCUGCAGGAUUUCUUCAUGGUGACCAAGAUUGGUGCAUUGCUCAUUGUCAUCAUUGCUGGCAUUGUCCACCUUUGCAUGGGCAACACUGGGAACUUCCACAACUCCUUCCAGGGCACCAGCACUGAGCCAGGCGAGAUAGCUGUCUCCUUCUACUCAGGCAUAUUUUCCUAUGCUGGAUGGAACUACCUCAACUUCAUGACGGAGGAGCUGAAGAACCCAUUUGUUAACCUGCCCCGGGCCGUCUACAUCUCCCUGCCACUGGUGACGCUGGUCUACGCGAUGGCCAAUGUUGCCUACCUGGCUGUGCUCUCCCCUGUCGACAUGCUGGCCUCUGAUGCCAUUGCUGUUACCUUUGCUGACCGUCUAAUGGGCAGCGGCAGCUGGGUGAUGCCCUUGCUGGUGGCCCUCUCAGCCUUUGGUGGUCUCUCAGUGCACAUCAUGACUUCCUCCAGGUUGUGCUUCGUGGGUGCAAGACAAGGCCACUUCCCAGACAACCUUGCUCUUAUCAACUGCAAAUGCAACACUCCAAUGUCUUCUCUCAUCUUCCUGGGCCUGUUGUCACUGGUCUACCUCUCCACCACGGACAUCUACUGCCUCAUUGACUACACCAGCUUUGUAGAGAGUUCAUUCAUCCUGUGCAGUAUUGCCAGUCUGCUGUACAUGCGCUGGAAAUACCCUGACAUGGAGCGGCCCAUCAAGGUGAACAUCAUCGUUCCCAUCGCCUUCCUGCUGGUGUGUGGCUUCCUGGUGUUUCUGCCGCUGUAAGUGCGGCCAUAUGAGGUGGGCAUGGGCCUGCUCAUCACUGGCUCUGGGGUGCCUGCCUACUUCCUCUUUGUGUACUGGCAGAACAAGCCAAAAAUUGUCAGAACAGCACUUGAUCAACUCACUGUUUGGACACAGUUGCUCUUCAUAUCUCUGAAAACUGAGUGAGGAGUGACUGACUGCACCUCCUCUACCAUUACUACCAUCACUGCUGCUGCUACUGCUGCUGCUGCCCUACCACAGCUGCCAAGAAAUGCACUUGUGUGUGUGUGUGUGUGUGUGUGUGUGUGUGUGUGUGUGUGUGUGUGUGUGUGUGUGUGUCAUUAUAUCAUACAGCCUUCACAUAUUUUAUCCACUCGAUUAUGGUUCUGUGCAUCAUGGCAAAUCACACUGCUGGUAGACAAUGGAUAUCUGAAAUGUUCCCUACUUUAAUUCCCUCUGAACAGUAAUACCAAAAAAAAAAAAAAAAAAAAAAAAAACAAGAAAAGGUUCUCAGGGGCAGAAUGGUGAACAAAUGGCAAUCGUUGACACAAAGCAGACUUCACUCGUCAGUUUAGACAUUAACCACCUCACCUGUUGUUGUAAGCCAGUGGUUCUCAACCUGGGCGCCUUGCCAAGAAUUUAGGGGGGCCAUGGCGGGCUGUUUCAAGUUAUACAUUUCUAAAUAAUGUUAAUAAUCUAAAUAAGGAAAAAAAAAAACUUGCAUCACUGCCUCGGAAGAAGAAAAUUUAGUGUCAAUACAAGACAGUAAUGGCUGUACACUUUGUAAUGAAGCAGUGUUCUCAUCUCUUUUUUUUUUUUUUUUUUUUUUUUUUUUUUUUUUUUUUUUUUGUCGUGGUGGGAUUCUGGAUAAAAAUGAAGGGAAGCCACACGAAUGUUGAGAAUCCAUGAAGGGGGAAUGGAGAGAAAAAGGUUGAGAACCACUGACUAAGCUAACUACUCCGAGGUAUAGAGGAGGUAUAGAAGGAGGGAAAAGUUGGUGGCCCAUCCACAAUGGUGUGUCUGUUCAGUAGUGAAGGUUUGUACAAGUCAUCGCUUCGUCAUGCCCGUUUUCUCUCUUCCUCAGCCUGCUGGUGCCGCGUUUUUUUUUUUUUUUUUUUUUUUUUCUAUGUAGGAAGGACACUGGCCAAGGGCAACAAAAAUCCAAUAAAAAAAAAUAUGCCCACUGAAAUGCCAGUCCCAUAAAAGGGUCAAAGCAGUGGUCAAAAAUUGAUGAAUAAGUGUCUUGAAACCUCCCUCUUGAAAGAAUUCAAGUCAUAGGAAGGUGGAAAUACAGAAGCAGGCAGGGAGUUCCAGAGUUUACCAGAGAAAGGGAUGAAUGAUUGAGAAUUCUGGUUAACUCUUGCGUUAGAGAGGUGGACAGAAUAGGGGUGAGAGAAAGAAGAAAGUCUUUUGCAGCGAGGGCGUGGAAGGAGGGGAGGCAUGUAGUUAGCAAGCUCAGAAGAGCAGUUAGCAUGAAAAUAGCGGUAGAAGACAGCUAGAUAUGCAACUUUGCGGCGGUGAGAGAGAAGCUGAAGACAGUCAGUUAGAGGAGAGGAGUUGAUGAGACGAAAAGCUUUUGAUUCCACCCUGUCUAGAAGAGCAGUAGGAGUGGAACCCCCCCAGACAUGUGAAGCAUACUCCAUACAUGGACGGAUAAGGCCCUUGUACAGAGUUAGCAGCUGGGGGGGGGAUGAGAAAAACUGGCGGAGACGUCUCAGAACGCCUAACUUGAAGAGAAUGGAGUGUUUACACAGGAAUACACAGGAAAUACGAGUGACAGGAGGCCUUGCGACGUCUUUCUAAAAUUUCAAUAAGUACCGAGGUAAGACUGAUGGGUGAGUAGUUGCCAGCUUCGCUUUUAUUACCUUUCUUGAAUAUCGUUGUGACAUUUGCACAUUUCCAAUGACUCGGUACUGUUCCUUCACGUAACGAUCUACUGAAGAGUAAUUUCAGGGGUAACGUAAGUUCAUCUUGACAUUGUCGCAAUAGUCUUGUUGAUAUUUUAUCAGCGCCUGUGCUUUUAUUGGGAUCUAGGCUUCGUAGGUGUUUGGUUACAUCGUCUUCGCUAAUUAUACCUAUUCUUAGCCUUUCAAUGUCAGAUUUUUUGAACAUAUUGAUCGCGGUCGGUAAUGUCGAGAUAUCUUCGGUGAUAAACACGCUAUGGAAGACAUUAUUAAGAAUCGCAGCCAUGUUAUUGUUGUCACUAACAAGCAUGUUAUUAGUAUCUUUAGUCGGUGCAAUUUUUCCUUUAACAGUUGUUUACUACGUAUUUAUUGAAAGAGUUUUUUUAGGGUUAGUUUUGGCUUUUUUGAUACAUUUAUUUGAAGGUGACGUUUUUAUUUUGUGAUGUCCCUCUCACAACAUCGUUUGGUUGUUACAUGAAGUAUAUGGUCGUCAUCUGAUUUCCAUUGUUUACAAUUGACAUAUAAGCUCGUUUUUCUGGCGAGGAUGUGUUCUGUGUCUUUCCUCAUCCACUGAGGAGUUGUAGUGUUACUUAUCCGUUUUCUUAUUUGAGGGAUCCAUUUACUUGCAGCUUCAAGAAGAAUGCUUGUCAAACUUGCGCACAUCUGCUCCGUGUUUUUAUUUGCAAACACGGAUCGCCAAUUGUUUCUUGUAAUUCUGAUUUAAGGGCCAGUAUGUUACCUUUUUUUUAUAUAACUGGCGACAAGAAGUGCAUUUUCUUUGGUAUCAACCUCGCAAUUUAUUUCACAUCGUACAAUUUUAUGCUCGCUGUUAGCCAGGACCUCGCCAACCUCACCAGCAUUUAUUGACUCGGCGUCUGAUGCCAAGACAAUAUCCUGUGUAUUGUUAUCUAGGGUGGGUUUUCUUACGAAGUGAGAAAGAUGUAGCUUGUUCACUAUUUUGAGUAGCCGGGAUGCCUCAUUGUCACAUGCGCAAUUUUCCCAGUCAGUAUGUGCUAAAUUAAAAUAUUCACUUAUAAUGGAUGUUUUUGUUUUUAUUAUUUUCUAAUUCAUAAUAUAACAUUACUUCAUUCUCUCUCUCUCUCUCUCUCUCUCUCUCUCUCUCUCUCUCUCUCUCUCUCUCUCUCUCUCUCUCUCUCUCUCUCUCUCUCUCUCAGAAAGUAAUUGAAAUUCAAAAUUUUAUUUAUUUUUUCUUCAUUUCCUUAAUGAAGUUUGUUAUUAAUUUUUGUACACGUCAUACACACUGCCUGUGUGAAGAGUGUUUGUUUGUUUGUUUUGUCUGUUUGUUUGUCUGUAGUGUCACGAGUGUUUAUUAUUUAUUUAUUUAUUUAUUAAUUAAUUAAUUUAUUUAUUUUUUAUUAUUUUUUUUGUGUGUGUGUGUGUGUAGGACGAAGAAUGUCCGGAAGAAAACCAAAGAAACCCAUUAGAGAGAGAGAGAGAGAGAGAGAGAGAGAGAGAGAGAGAGAGAGAGAGAGAGAAGGAAAGGAAAGAAAAGAAAACGAUAAACAGAGCGCCAUGCAGGAGGAGGAGGAGGAGGGUGAUGUGUUGAAAUCUUGUAACAGCUGCAGCUUUACGAGCAGUGCUCAGUGCGUCUUUCAAAUGACAUAAGAAAGUUUAAGGGAAUUUUAACAUCAUUUCACCUUGAUGUAUUUCAUCUCCCGCAAUUAUACGAUACAUGUUACAAAAAAGUAUCGAGCCUUGCUGGACUUUUUGUCAUAGAGGACUUGUACUGCUGGAUUUGUUAUCAUGUAUGAGUUAUGUGUUAUAUAAAACUGAAAUAAUGAUAACUAUUUUAAAGAUUACGAAUUUCAUGUUACGAUAAAUAAAUAAAUAAUAAAUAAAUAAAUAAAUAAAUAAAUAAAUAACGAUGUUUACGAUCCGUGUCACGAAGAUAACGAUGCGAUUCCACGAUAACGAUGCAAUUUCAUUUUCCACGAUAACGAUGCGAUUCCAUUUUCCACGAUAACGAUGCGAUUUCAUUUUCCACGAUAACGAUACGAAUUUUCACGAUAACGAUGCGAUCUCAUUUUCCACGAUAACGAUACGAAUUUCCACGAUAACGAUGCGAUUUUAUUUUCCACGAUAACGAUGCGAUUUCAUUUUCCACGAUAACGAUGCGAUUCCACGAUAACGAUACGAAUUUCCACGAUAACGAUGCGAUUCCAUUUUCUACGAUAAUGAUACGAGUUUCCACGAUAACGAUGCGGGCGAUGGCGAUAGCUAAACGAUAGCUAUGUCUGCUCCCAGCCCCGUGGGUGUGAGGGCAGUGACGAUGCAACCUUGCCGCGCCCCACACGGGUCGCCAUGAGCGGUGACCCACCACACACCACUCCCCAACCACUGUCAUGAAGUGAGCCCUUUUCUCCCCUAAAGGACCCCUCGUACUGCCAGUGUCUGGUGCAUGGUGCACGGCGUGCCCUCGUUCAUGGCGAGUUGUUCAGCCCGGCGUCAUCAUUCACCAGACUCUAUGGAAGGAGCCCUUAUCUCCCCAUUAGGACGAAAGCCCUCAAUCAUCAUUUAAAUUUUGAUCCGAAUAUAAAAUCGUCGAUUGCAAGUGAAAAAUGGCUUUGGUUUAAGAGUGUGCAAGAGUCAGGUGAUCAGUGAAACAAGGUGAGACAGCUUUGCUCCUCAGUAUUUGAGUGUACCUUGCAUGUUUGCUGCCCGUGAAUAUGCUCAUGUACGUGUAUGACUGGAUAAAGGCAGUAAUCCAAUGGUAGCUGCCUAAUGGGGAACUGUACAAGAUUAGAUCAAUUUCUGGAUAGCGAGGAUAAGUGGACACAGGUUUGCAUGUGUUGUACAACACCUGCCACCUGUACACCUACUGUUUUUUUUUUUCAUGUUCUUAUGCUCUUAAAAAAAUAUAUAUAUUAAUUUCUUGAUGUUUCUGAUCACGACGUCGUGUAAAUAGGAAUGUUUGAAAUAUAAGGACAAAAAUAAAGGGAUGAAGCAGCAAAGAUGAAAGCUGUGAAGAGGUGAAGGGUUAAGGGGUUGAUGAGUGGGUGAGGGAAGCUCUGUCAGAGAAAACAAUGCAUAGAGAGCAGGAAUAAAGCAAACCGUGUGGUAGGAUUAAUUUUGUUGUUAAAGUACAAGUCCAGAACUAUUAUUAAAGUUGUACAUCUACA